AUGCCUCAGAACGAGUACAUUGAGGAACAUAUCAAGCGUCAUGGACGUCGUCUUGAUCAUGAAGAACGCAUGAGAAAGCGUGAAGCACGAGGUGCGCACAAAUCCGCUGCUAUGGCUCGCAAGACCAUUGGUUUGAAGGCCAAGAUGAUGAACAAGAAGCGCCGCGCUGAAAAGGUGCAAAUGAAGAAGACCAUCAAGCAGCACGAGGAGCGGGACGUAAAGAAGUCGACUGCGCCAAGCGAGCCAGAAACGGCACUACCUACUUACUUGCUUGAUCGUGAGGGCCAGAAGGAUGCCAAGGCACUCUCUGGCGCUGUGAAAGAGCGCCGUAAAGACAAGGCGGCUCGGUACUCGGUCCCCUUGCCGCAGGUUCGUGGUAUCGCUGAAGACGAAGCAUUCCGGGUUGUCAAGACAGGCAAGCGCAAGCAGAAUGGAUGGAAGCGUAUGGUCACGAAGGCCACGUUCGUGGGUGACAACUUUACUCGGAAGCCACCCAAGCUGGAGCGCUUUAUCCGUCCCACGGGUCUACGUUUCAAAAAGGCACAUAUCACGCAUCCUGAUUUGAAAGCCACGUUCCAAUUGCCGAUCAUUGGCGUGAAAAAGAACCCGCAAUCUCCGAUGUACACGCAGCUGGGUGUUCUGACCAAGGGCACGAUCAUCGAAGUCAACGUCUCAGAUCUCGGUAUGGUGACAGCGGGCGGUAAAGUGGUAUGGGGUAAGUAUGCACAAAUCACCAACAACCCCGAAAAUGAUGGAUGCGUGAAUGGCGUGCUUCUCAUGUCGUCCUAA